CCGUACCUCCCUGAGUGCUAGUCACCUCUUCACUUCAGGAAUUCGCUCUGCGAAAGCAGGUCCAAGAGUCGGGAUGCUCCCACUAAAUGUGGAUAUGAAACCUGCAGCACACAAAGCUCAGUCUAAUCAAAGUUUCCGAACUACAGGAAGCCCCGUCAACCUUGGCGAAACAGAAAGAUAUCCUGUCAUGUGGAGGCCAUGGGUUCUGAGGCACAGAGAAGCUGGAAAACGGCAAGAAAAAUCUGAAGCAGAUGGGAUGGAAUCAUUCAAUACACAGAUGCCUAAAGGUGCCCUGGGAUUUCAACAUCCUGUCAGGCUCUGCAUGCCAAAAUCCAGGACGCAGGAGUACCUGUCUCAUCUGGGACAAAAGGUUCUUGCCAGUUUCCCUAUUCAGGCUACCCUCCACUUCUACAACGAUGACUCUAGCUCUGAAGAGGAGGAGGAGGGGGAGAAAGAGGCAGAGGAAUGUGAUAUGGGGGAAACACGACUUCCUGCGGUCCAUGUGGAGAAAACUUUUCAAGUGUGUUCAUGCAGUGCUGAACGCUUGAGAGACAGCUGUGACCUCUGCUCAGUCUUUUCAUUUUAGUAUUUUUUCCUGGGAAAAUAGAUGUUUAUAUAUCCAAGUGCAUUUUUGUGUACAGUGUCACCAAAAGCACAGUGGGAUUAUUAUUUUCUAAAUGGUUAAGAUUUAAUAUUUUAAGUAGAUAGUAGAUAUUUAGACAUUUCAAAACAUGCUGACUAUGCGUCACAUUGAAAUACAUUCCUCAUAUAUGAAAUGUGAAUGUGUACCUGCUGUUAGAUUUAGUGGUGUGUUUUCCAUAUUUUUAAAGAAUAAAGU